AUGGUUCAACGAUUAACUUAUCGUCGUCGUCUUUCCUAUAACACCAAAUCAAAUAAGGUUAAAAUAGUUAAGACACCCGGAGGUAAAUUGACAUAUCAAUAUGUAAAAAAACGAGGAACAGUACCAAAAUGUGGUGAUUGUAAAGUCGAAUUACCAGGAAUUAAGGCAUCUCGUCCAAAACAACGUAUGUCAAUGACCAAACGAUUAAAAACAGUAUCACGUACUUAUGGUGGUUCACGUUGUGCUAAAUGUGUUCGACUUCGUAUUGUUCGAGCUUUUCUUAUUGAAGAACAACGUAUUGUCGCUAUGGUUAUGAAAUCAAAGAAAGGACCUGCAGCAGAACCAGCAGUACCAACACCAGCAGCCGGUCAAAAAUCGAAAUAA